CCUGUGAAAACGUGGGAGAGCGAGUGAAAGGCAAGCGGAGAAAAUACUGUCCGCACGAAGUGACGGCGCUAGUGCUGGGCGUGCAGCGGUAUGCAGACGACAGUUGUCCGUGGAGUUCCAUCCUGCGCGACCCUCAUCUGGGGCAUUUAUUCCACGGCCGUAGCGGAGUGGACUUGAAGGAUAAAUGGCGGACGUUGAUCAAGACGCGACCGGAGCUCGCAGCGUACACUGAAAACCGAAAGAACCACCGCAAAUACCGCCCGUUUUCAGCCACGGAAGAGCGAGCGCUACUGGAAGGAGUCAAGAAGUACAAUGGACAGAGGAAUGUGUGGUCGCUCAUACUCAUAGACAAGGAACUGGGUCCGCAGUUCAAUGACAGAUCAAACGUGCAACUUAAGGACAAAUUCCGGACCAUGCGGAGAGCAGGAGCCACGUCCUCGUUGCUGGUUAGCGGAGGUGCAGCAACUCAACGAGCGUCUGCGGCGUCUACGCCCACGUCGGACAGCGCCGCGAGCUCAGGAACGACUACGACGACCACUUCGACGACUUCCAGGACUUCUGCAGCGCUGACGGCCGCAGUAUCAGCAGCAGUCAAUGGAACGAGCAGAGUUCCAUCGACAGUGACGUCAGCGAGUCAGCAAGCGGCGACUCUUUUGGUGCAGAACAGCAACGCAGCGUCUGCCAUGUUUGCAGACCCGAAUUUGUAUCUGGCAGGUUCAUUUUCGAUCCCUCAUAUGUCCC